AUGCUCGAGUUCCGUCACUAUGCUUCGAUCGUCAUGUUUUUGGUUGGUUUUUUUCAAAUUCCCGCCGAAAAAAAUCCACUUAAGGUGUCAAUUUUCGGCACGGUGUCGAAUUGUCUGGCGAUCCUGGUCGUUUUGAAAAAUUCGGCUUUAAAAAGUUCGUUCGGCGCCUUGUGCUUCUCCCAUUGUGUGGCGAAUUUGGGAGUCUUGGUCAUUUUUGGAUUUUUUGCGGCUCCGUUGAACUUUCUGUGAGUUUUUUUCAGUUUGGCUCAGUGGUAGUGAGCUCGCCUCACAUUGAAUAGGUCACAAGUUCGGAUGCUUUCGACUUUUUUUUGCCUUUUAUCUUUUUUAUCGGAAUAUUUCUAAAGUUCUUGAAGGUAUUUUAUCCCUUUUAGACCCUUGAGUGGCCUCUUGGGCUAUUGAUGGGGAGCUGACUUUUACAAAUAUCCUUCACAGUGUUUAGAUCAUUUUUUCCAUGAUGUCUGACCAUUUUUUUCAAAUUUUGAUCAUUUCCUAUUGUUCGCAAGUUGUUGACUUUCGUAGGCAUUACAAAAAUCCCUUAAGGGACCACUUUGACUUGAACUUGCAUUUUGUAGUCUUCACUUAGGAACUCCAGAGUGAUCCCUAUUGAGACUUUGGAGGGUCCUCUCUAGGGACCACUUUACCACCCCCUAUAGGGAUCACUGAAGGUUGAAAAAGUGGCCUCUAAAGGGGUUUCAGUUUUUUUAUUGUUAUGAACUCUAAGCGAAGAAGCAUUUCCAUGUGAAAAACUGAAUAAAUAAGCGUUUUUGAAUAAAAAUGAAAAACCCCUAUAGGGUCCACUUGAGCUUAAGGGUUAAGGGGUGAGAUCCUAAACCCCUAUAGGGACCACUUUUUUUCUGUCUCCCCGAAGCCCCAUAGAGACCACUCCGGAACUCCUAAGUAGCACUGUUGAAAAACGAUUUUUAUGCAUUAGAACCCCUCAAGUGACUACUCAGACUUUUUUUCAGUCUCAACAAUUUCGAGAACAUCAAUUCCAGUUUUGCUAACCAGAGAAUGGGACAGGUUUUUAUUCAAACUUUAUCGGAAAAAAAAAAUUUAUUUCUAGAUAAGCUUAAUGUUCUACAACGCUAGCAUCGUGUCGCAUCUCUUCGUUUCCAUAAAUCGAUUCGUUUUCAUCAUUUUCCCCACGAAGGUUAAGCCAUUCCAAGUGCGACCUUUUAUUCCUUUUUUCAGGCUGUUCAACUGAUGGGCCGUCAGACGACCGGCUGGAUUAUCGUUUUCAUUUGGGUGCUUUCGAUCGUUUCUGUGUCCCCCCUUUCUUCCGGUGAGUUCGGCCGCAUUUGGAAUGGCUCAGGGCGGAGCGGUUGCGUCGCGUUUUUUGGUCGCAGCUCAUUUUGAAGUCGGGCGCAAUAAUCACGUCGCAACCUGAAAUUAUUUAAAAAUUUGACUGGAAUUUCAGUUUUUGCAUUUUUAACAGUGGAAUGGUUUCCGAAUCCAGGUAAAUGUCAGGUCCUAGAUAUCAAAAAUUGAUUCAAUUUUUUUAAAAAACAGCCCGCGAAAGUCGUUUCAUAGUCGGGUGCAUUAUAUGGUGAGCAAUUUCAAGCGACCCUUUUCAUCUUCAGACCAGACAGCCUGCGUCAUAAAUAUGGAAACAGCUUUGAAGACUCAUAACUUUUCUCAAACUCAAUCUUGGAAACUUCUAGCGUGAUUUCGAAAUUUCAGAGACCUGUAACUUCACAUUCACCCCACCAAGUCUUCAAUGGGGCUACUCGGACACCUAUUGCGGACAAACCUAUGCCCAAUAUGGCGAUUUCUAUUUUGGAAUCACUGUCGUUGGCUUGGUGGCCCUCUUCGAUAUGAUCACUUUGACGAAACUGCGGAGAGCCAAUGAGGUUCCUUAUAUAGUUGAACGAGGAAUGAAAAAGAGAUUUUGAAGGUCUGGCAGUCGAAAAAUCUACAAGCGACUACGACCAAAACGAUCAACGUUAGGAGGAGCAACGAACUUCGGCUCUUUGCUCAGGUUUGGUUGACUGACUUCUCUGCGCUCUCUCUUCAUCCUUCUCUCUCGUUGGUCAGAGAGAAGAGGGUGCAUACGAUCAGACUGUCUGAAAUGAUGAGGGAUGAGGUCGAAAAUGGUUUUGUUUUGCUGUCUGACGUCUCUGCGCUCUCCUUUCUUGUUGGUCAGAGAGAAGAGGGUGCAGAUAGGUUAGACUGCUUGAAGUCAUGAGGGGUGAGGUUUGGUUUGGCUGUCUGACUUCUCUGCGCUCUCUCUUCAUCCAUCUCUCUUGUAGGCCAAAAAAGAAGAGGGUGCAGAUAGGUUAGACUGUUGGAAAUCAUGAGGGAUGAGGUCGAGAAUGAUUUGGCUGUCUGACUUCUCUGCGCUCUCUCUUCAUCCAUCUCUCUCGUAGGCCAAAAAAGAAGAGGGUGCAGAUAGGUUAGACUGUUGGAAAUCAUGAGGGAUGAGGUCGAGAAUGAUUUGGCUGUCUGACUUCUCUGCGCUCUCUCUUCAUCCAUCUCUCUCGUAGGCCAAAAAAGAAGAGGGUGUAGACAGGUCAGACGGUUUGAAGUAAUGAGAGACGAGGUCGGAAAGGGUUUGGUUUGGCUGUCUGACUUCUCUGCGCUCUCUUUUCAUCCUUUUCUCUUUUCGGUCAAAGAGAGAGAUAAAGAAGAUGCAGACAGGUCAGACGGUUUUAAGUCAUGAGGGAUUGAGUAGAGAAAAGCAACAACAGGAAAAUGUUAAAACCUGAUUUCUCUGCUCUAUCUAGCUAGAGUGAAGAGGGUGCAGACAGGUCAGACAUUUUAUGAAAAAAAAUUUUCAGGCAUUAAUCCAAGGCUGCCUAUUGCUCAUCGUCCUGUGCAGUUUUAACAUUUUCUCGGGAUUUAGUGAUACCGCUUUAUCAUUGUUCAUCACGACGACUCUGGUCUGUCAGAUUUUCCACGCCUCCGAUGGGUAA